UACAUUGACUCUUCAAGCAUGCAGUAUGCUUUAUGUGGACCGACGACCAGGUUCCUCAAGAGCUCUGCAGAUAACGCUGCAAUGUAACGCAGGCAUCAAUGGGCUUGAUUGAUGGGCUUGAAGCUCCGCCCUCACAGCCGUGGGAAUGUUUUUAUAUUUUCCAUGACAUCUGGCGCCGCACCAUGGAAGUUGACACGAGGGUCCAUUUCGUGGUUGGAAACGCGCUAGUGCAUAGAUUUUGUGAUGCUCAAAUGUCCAGCUGAUCCCAGGGGAAAUGUCCUCAAGCUAUAUUUGGUAUGGCUGACUGAGAGAGGAAAGGCUUGGAGGGAGCGUGUUUCCAAGCUGAUCCUUCCUGCUCGCCAGUUCCUCUUCAGUUCAAGCACUUUUCAAGCUUGAGGCCGCCUCCACUUUGUACUAUCCACGGUGAUUCUGUUCGCAGCCAAAACCACCGUGGCCAAUGUGGGCAACCUUUAUGCCUCUGAUUUGGCAAUUGUUGCCCUUCAUAAAGCGAUACCCCGAAUGGCUCCGAGUGCUUUGCCGCCUAAUGAACAUGCCGAUUCCAGCCAGACCGAGAGACAGCGGGAGUCGCUGAGCGAGUUAGCCGUCGCUAACCGCCGGCAGCCGCCGCUGCUGCUUUGCGCUUGGCUUGAAUGAUCCAUUUUCGAGUGGCCCUGUGGCUUUUUCCAACCUCAAUUAGCACGUGGGACGCUCGUCCAUUGUUUUGUCAUCUCAGCUCUGCUGCAACGCAAACAUGAAAUGCGCUGCUGCAAACAAGACUCAUACAACGUCUGCAGCUGCAAACUCCGUAAAAUGCCCAACAGGAGGAUGUCGAGCACCGGCAGGAAUGGACUCGUGGCACUUAUGCUAACGUGUUCCCUCGCAACGCUGUGCGUGAGGGCAAGUCUGGAGGUCAACGAAAGCCAGCAGCAGCAGCAGCAGCAUCCGACCAACGUGUAUCACGACAAGGGCCCGACCAGGAACAAGAUCGUCACGGCCCAGUUUGAGUGCUAUCAGAAGAUCCUGAAGGACAAGCCUUCGGACAAGCAAGAGGCCUUGUGCAACCGCACCUGGGACGGCUGGUUGUGUUGGGACGACACCAAGGCUGGCGUCACCUCCGAACAGCACUGCCCAGACUACUUCCAGGAUUUCGAUCCUUCGGAAAUGGUGAUAAAGAUCUGCUCGGCCAGCGGCCAGUGGUUCCGGCAUCCUGAGAGCAACCGCACGUGGACCAACUACACGCGCUGCAACGAGCACACCAGCGAAGGCAGAGUGACAGCAAUGAAUCUUUUCUACUUGGCUCUCAUCGGACACGGACUGUCGCUGACCUCCCUCUUUGUCUCUCUUGGAAUAUUCUUCCACUUCAAGAGUUUAAGUUGCCAGAGAAUCACGCUUCACAAGAACCUCUUCUUCUCUUUUGUGCUCAACUCCGUCAUCACCAUCAUUUGGUUGACAGCUGUGGCAAACAACCAGGAGCUGGUGCAGAGGAAUCCGACAAGCUGCAAAGUGUCACAGUUCAUUCAUCUCUACCUCUUUGGCUGCAACUACUUCUGGAUGCUGUGCGAGGGCAUUUACUUGCACACGCUCAUCGUGGUGGCCGUCUUUGCCGAGAAGCAGCACCUCAUGUGGUACUAUCUGCUCGGCUGGGGUUUCCCGCUCAUUCCUGCUUCCAUUCAUGCCAUUGCAAGAAGUUACUACUACAAUGACAACUGUUGGAUCAGCUCCAAAACAUCACUGCUCUACAUCAUCCACGGUCCCAUCUGCGCCGCUCUCGUGGUCAACUUGUUCUUCCUGCUGAACAUCGUGAGAGUGCUCAUCACCAAGCUGAAGGUGACCCACCAAGCCGAGUCCAGCCUGUACAUGAAGGCGGUGCGAGCCACCCUCAUCCUGGUGCCGCUGCUGGGCAUCCAGUACGUGCUGCUCCCCUACAAGCCGGACGGACGCGUUUCCUCCGAAAUCUACGACUACAUCAUGCACAUUCUCAUGCACUACCAGGGUCUGCUGGUAGCCACCAUCUUCUGCUUCUUCAACGGAGAAGUCCAAGCGGUGUUACGGAGGCACUGGAACCAGUACAACCUGCAGUUCGGCAGCGGCGCCGGGAACCACUCGGACGCCCUGCGCUCGGCGUCCUACACGGCUUCGUCCAUCACCGAGGUGCAGGGUUGCUACAGCAUCGACGGCCACUCGGAGCACAUGAACGGCAAAGGGUGCCACGACGCCGACGCGUCCAUCCUCAGGUCGGAAGAUCCCUUCGCCUGAGAAGACGGGCCCCGGGCGAUGCCUUUGAGCUGGCUCGCGCCAAAGUGACAAGACCCUCUUGGAAUCACAGUUUCUUCUCCUUUUCCCAGCAACUGAAUCACCAGAAACGUAUUUCAGGGUUGCCAAUGAAGCUUAGGAAUCCCUGGCAUCGGUUUCUAAAUGGCUGACCGUCCCUCUUAUCAGUGGACAAAGUCUCGACGACAGGCCAUUUAGGAGACAUUUCUCAGCUUGUAUUUUGAAGGACUUGAAGUGUGGCCAAUGAAUGAGCAGGCCUUCCGAGACAACACGCUAGUUUCCGGUGAUCUUGGAGACGGACUUUGGUCUGUUUCUGUCCAAUAGCUUUUCCAACACGGCACGGCACGUAUCUUCCGUGCUCGCCUCGAGAUUUUGUGCCACAGCAAGUGGAACUUAUCCCUCCCGACAAACGUUUUCCAUCAUAACAGGAUGCGUGAAAAAGUCCAAAUUGAACAGGAAGUCGGCCAUUUUGGCAACAUUUCUCUGCUUGUACAGCGAUCGCCUUUGUAGCCCAAAACAGGUUAAGGUUGGUUCAGCCCAAUUGGUUUCGAGGCUGCGCCAUGAAGAUGAGCUUCAGCUUUAUCCCCCCCCCACUUACAAAGCACGGAUGCUCCAUGUAACCAUUUUUUCCUACCAUCUUAAUUUAUUUAUCCAUUAUUAUUCCUUUUGAUUCUGAAAAAAUGUAUUUGCGCUGUUGAUAAGCUUCCUUUUUGCGUCGGUCCAAUCCUCAUAUACGUACAUACGUACCUCGUAUUCCUUUGGCAACAUUUGAAAAGCAUUCGAGCUUUCGCUUUCUGAAGAAGAGGCGGAGCCAGAGCCAGAGCUCCUGCUAACACUGGAAAGGGCGGGGCGGGGGGCAUUGAAAUGAGCAAAAGCAUUGAAAUGAGCAAAAGUUUGUCAUUUGACUGUUAUCGUUGCACACCGCUACAGUGCCGUAUGAUGAAGAAAUGAGUUUCAUGUAGUAGGUAUAUAGCUCCUUUUGUUGACUUCAAUCAUUGGAAUGGACGUGAUUGGCAAGGGCAAGUUUUAUGAGGUUCUCGCAUCUGAAUGAAAAAAGUUUCUAAACCUCAAGUUGUAAAUAGCUUAUUCUACUUUUUUUUUUAAUGAUUAUUCUUAGCAUUACUUUGGACGCAAUUGUUGUGCGUGCAAAACCACUGUAUGAAUGCAAACGUCGGACCCCUCCAACUUUGAGCCAACUUUGACGUUGGAGCCAUUGAGCAUCGCUGAAAGUUUCCAUCUUGAGAGAGGUCGCAAUCUGCCAAAGGAUGCUGAUGGAUUGGUUGCCAAACAUUGCAAUUUGAUUGACGAUGAUGUCGUAAAUGACUUGUUUUGCAACCAC